GCUGCGUCAUCACGUGACUGCGAACGAAACCGAACUUGCUUUUGUGACUUCCGACUGCGGAGAUGAUGUUUGGACACUGAUGAUUACACCUGAUUUACCACGAAAGUUUUACUUUUAAAAACCCGCAAAGUUUAUAUAAGGGAAGCGUACAUGUGUCGGUGCAAAGAUGGAAAUCAAAAGCGGACCCCGCUACACAAAUGUGAAUGAUUACCUCGGAGGACAGUAACCUAUAGACAGAGCUCACCUGCGUAUAACCUGCCCUCGUGAUUAUUAAAGAUGUCAGGUGGGAACCUCCUCAGCAAAGUCCGGUCCGCCUUCAGGAGGGAGCGGAGCGACUGGGACCUGAGCGACUCUGCGCCCUUUGACUUGAACGAUGAGCUGGGGGACGAUGAGACGCCCAAAUUCAACAAGCUGAAGGUGGUGGUGUCCGGCGAGAUGUCAGACUACUCUGCCGGAGCUCCGUCCAACGGGGUGGCGGUGAACACGAUGGUGGUGGCGGAUGAUGAUGAUGACUCCCUGCUCGACUCCUCUUCGAGCCUGGGCAGCCCCGGGGUAAAUAUGGACCCCUGUGACAACUGCACCAAGAAGAGGGAGAGGAUCAAGCACAGGAGAGUGAUGAAGAGACUUGUCAUUGCAGCUUUGCUGUAUUUUGUUUUCAUGAUAGGUGAAAUUAUAGGUGGUUAUGUGUCAAACAGCUUAGCCAUCAUGACUGACGCUUUGCACAUGCUAGCAGACGUGGUGGGCAUUUUGUUUUCUCUCCUGGCCCUCUGGCUGUCCACCAAGCCACCCACCAAGAGAUACACUUUCGGACUGCACCGCCUUGAGGUGGUAUCGGCGGUCCUCAGUGUGGUGCUCAUCUACGUUCUGACGGCCAUUCUGCUCUAUGAGGCAGUUCAGAGGACGGUGCACCAAGACUUCAACAUAGAUGGAGAUGUCAUGCUCAUCACUGCAGCUGUGGGGGUGGCUGUCAACCUUAUAAUGGGUUUCUUAUUAAACCAGGGUGGUCAUCUCCACUCUCACGGCCAUGGUCACUCUCACGGCUCUGCAGCUGCCUCAGGUUCACAGUCAGCUGGGUCAGGUCAGCAACAGAGGCCGCACGGCAGCCUGGCUGUCAGAGCGGCCUUCAUCCAUGCUUUGGGUGACCUCCUCCAGAGUGUCGGGGUGCUCAUAGCUGCCUACAUUGUCCGCUUCAAGCCGGAGCUUAAGUUGGCAGACCCCAUCUGUACCUAUAUCUUCUCUGUUCUGGUUCUCUUCACUACAUUACGCAUCAUACGAGACACAGUAGUUAUUGUGCUGGAGGGUGUUCCCAGGCACCUGGACUCUCAGCGAAUCAAAGAGGACCUCCUGAAGCUGGAGGAUGUCCAAUCAGUUGAUGAGCUGAAUGUCUGGGCACUGACGGCUGACAAGACUGCAGCACUAGUGCAUCUCCAGCUCACGCCCUCUAGUGCUAGCAACUGGGAGGAGGUUCAGGCGAAGGCUCGCCACCUGUUGCUUCACACCUAUGGUCUCAGCAGGUGCACAGUGCAGGUGCAGACACACAGGCAGAGGCCCGUGCGCACUUGUUCACACUGCCAGCAGCUCAGCGCCUAAAGAGAGACUCGCGCUCACAUGGACUUCCACGGUGCAUUUUAUGGGGCCAGGCGGCAGAGAAAACCGUAAAUAGAGGGCUUGGAUGGAUGUCACACCACUGUCACAGUUCAGUGCCUCAGCAGGAGCCACAGUAUAUGGUGUGCAAGUGGAAAAAGACUGGUGCCAAAGGACAGUCCGUGAAACAAGGGCAGAUGCAAAUUUCUAAUUAAAGGAUCACGACAGCCUCACGAGACUGUGUGCUCUUACGCUUGCAAAGCUUUUGGAGUGGAGGUUGAAUGCUUCAGCUGAGAAGAAUGGAAAAAAAAAAACACGCUCUUAAUUCACCAUUAAAGCCUAUUCCAGGAGGUAACUUUUUUUUUUAUAUUUUACUGUUUGAUUGGUCACAACUGAUGUUUUGUCAUCAGAUGUAUAUUUAACUUUUUGUUGGUAGGUGUGAGGACUAAGGUUUUAUUACUUUACUAAGGAUGUCAGCAAAUGAAAAGGUACCUCAUGUCAUUUGAUAAUUACUGUGGUCACAGUGCAUAUAAGCUGUACUCCUCACCACUGUCAUAAGUGAGGCUAAAAACCUUUAUCAUUGUGUCCCUUUAGCAGACUUAAAAUUUAUCAAAUUAACCUAAUCUUUAAUACUCUUCAGCCAAAGUCUGUUGUAAGGCAGAUUUUUUUUAAAAAGACAACAACCUUAGAUAUUCUUGGGGUAGUCUAUAUUGGCAGCACUGACCAACAAUUAAAAUAACUUGACACUUUUGACGUUAAUAUUUUAUUCUAGCAUGUCUCUUAAUUCAUUGUGCUGAACAGGCAACUGACAAUCAAAGUGUGACUGACUUUGAAUAAUGGUAAAAGCCACAGUUGAACGGUUGACCCGACUUCAGUGUGGUUUCAGCCUUACACUCUACGCUCAGCUUUUUUUUUUUUUAUAUCAUUAACUGACAGUGUAAUAAUGCAGGCAGGUUUGUGAAAUCUUCAGUAUUUCAGCGUUGCAGUGUUUUGACGGAAGAAGGUGAGAGUUGUAUUUUGCCAGUAAUGGUGGUUAUAGUGUUUUCUCUGUCCAGUGUUGAGAGGCUAUCGGGGGUUGCAAACUUUUCCGCGUCUCUGAUAUUAUCAUCAAAGGAUAUCAGGAACUGGAUCACUGUUUUUGUUUGUAAUAAAGUAUUUAAUCUUU